GUCACACCAUAUCUGGCAGUUGAAAAAAAUCGCAGCAGGCGAAUUUUCGGAAAUUUCGAGCAGCAUUUAAAUCCGGUUCCAGUGGAAAGUGUUAACUUAUUUACGCCAGCCCAAAAACGUAGUAAACGCACAUAGAAAGGACGAACGCAACGCGGAUUGCCCUGCAAAACACGAAGAGAAGCCGCAAGGAGGUGCACCAAAUCGCAGGAUAAGUGGAGCUCGAUUGGAUGACAAGGCGGGCCACUUCCUCGGAUCCUGGCUAGAAACUCGCAGCACCCAGCGCCACCAUGUCCACCGCCUUCUUCACCGUCAUCGCCGUCAUCGUGUGCAUCCUGUUCCGCAUCCUCAAUGUCCACAGCCAGCCGCUGAAGCCGAGUGUAUGGUGCCUGGAUGCCCACUUCCUCGACUGCCUCUACAAGAUCGCGCCCGUCCUAAGGGAACCAUACGUUCCCCCGCGACUUUGGGGCUUUAGUGGCCAUGUGCAGACGGUCUUGCACAGCAUUGUUGGCCGAGUGCGAUGUCCCUGGCCACUCGGUGAACGUGUUUACAUGUCGCUGAAGGAUGGCUCCACAUUGACCUACGACUUGUACCAGCCACUCAACGAACAGGAGGAUGACAUCACGGUGGCCAUAUGCCCGGGCAUCGCCAAUAGCUCGGAAUCGGUGUACAUUCGCACCUUCGUGCACUUGGCCCAGUGCAAUGGAUACCGCUGUGCGGUGCUAAAUCACAUUGGCGCACUGCGCAGUGUCCAGGUGACCUCCACGCGCAUUUUCACCUACGGCCACACGGAGGAUUUCGCGGCCAUGGUGGAGCAUUUGCACCAGAAGUACCGCCAAAGUCGAAUUGUCGCGGUUGGUUUCAGUCUGGGCGGCAAUCUGGUCACCAAGUACAUGGGCGAGGACCAGAAGACGAAGCCAAACAAGGUCAUUGGAGGCAUAUCCAUAUGCCAAGGCUACAAUGCCGUCGAAGGCACCAAGUGGCUGCUUAACUGGCAGAACUUCCGCCGCUUUUACCUAUACAUCAUGACUGAGAACGUGAAGAGCAUUAUCCUGCGACAUCGACAUGUCCUCCUGUCCGACGAGAUCAAGGCUCGGCAUAAUCUCAACGAGCGCGAGAUCAUCGCGGCUGCCACUCUGCCCGAGUUGGAUGAGGCUUACACGCGGAGAGUGUACAACUUUCCCUCCACCCAGGAGUUGUACAAGUGGAGCUCGUCGCUGUUUUACUUCGACACGAUCAAGAAGCCAAUGAUCUUCAUCAACGCUAAGGAUGAUCCCUUGAUCCCGGAGGAUUUGCUGCAUCCCAUCAAGGAGUAUGCCACGACGCGCCAAAACACCGCCUAUGUGGAGGUGGCCCAUGGCGGUCAUCUGGGUUUCUAUGAGGGCGGCUUCCUAUACCCGAACCCAGUCACUUGGCUGGACCGCACGCUUGUGGCUAUGGUUGGGUCGUUGGUCAUGAUGCAGGAAGUGGGCAAGGUGGCCCCUUAGGCCUGGUCGCUAUUUUCACACGCACACACGACUAUUUAACGCUUCUGUGUCAAAAUUGGUUGUCGCUGUCGGAUAUGAAUCUUUAAAGGAACAUCGGAACGGAAGAGAGCCCGAAAGACCCCAUACAUAUAGUUCUAACAUAUGAUAUCGUUGUGCAGCAAUUAUAAAUUAUCAGCCGCGCAAGCAGUUAAACAUAAAUUGAUGUAUACUUUUGCAAAGUGCAUUUAAAACGGAAAUUGCAGUUUUUUGACAACGGUUUUUAUGCUUUUUAAUGACUUUUUCGAAGAGCCAAACAUACAAUGUAUCAGUUGAACUCGUACCUUAGUUAGUAAACGCGACCACAUGUAUCCAUGUACUUAUGUCUAAGCAAAUUCCUAUUUAUUAGCAUUUUCCUUUGUGAUCUAACAGGUUUUAAUUACGUAUGUUUUUAUAUGUGAAAUGUACACCACAAGCCGCACACAAUAUACGAUGUAUGACAGUAAUUAUAAAUUAUAAGUCCUCGACCGCACCACAAGCAUAUAAAAUAGCAAGAAUAUUGCCUUAGUGUAGACCUCGUUUUGUAAGUGUGAAUAUGAUUUUGACUAUUCAUUUUGUACUACGAUGCAUUUCACGGAAAUCAAAGAGAAACCAAAUGAAAGUUUGCCCAACGUCGGCUUCAUUUUUGUAUACUUUUUCUGAACUUUACCAAGUCAGAUGGAUGCGCGAUUUGUUUACCAAUGUAGUGGAGUAUGGAGGAAUAUUUAUAAAUGUAUUUGUAAACGUAUUUAUAAAUGUACAUUAAAACAAAUAAAUAACAGUUGGACAAAAAUA